AUGAGGAGAGAUAAAGUGAGGAUAAGAGGUAUUGAGAAGAGAGAGAAGACGUGGAUAAGAGGUAUGGAGAAGAGAGAGAAGAUGUGGAUGAGAGGUAUGAAGAAGAGGGAGAAGAAGAUGAGGAUAAGAUGUAUGGAGAAGAGAGAAAAGACGUGGAUAAGAGGUAUUGAGAAGAGGGAGAAGAAGGUAAGGAUAAGAGGUAUGGAGAAGAGGAAGAAGAAGGUGGGGAUAAGAGGUAUGGAGAGGAGAGAGAAGACGUGGAUAAGAGGUAUGGAGAAGAUGGAGAAGAAGGUGAGGAUAAGAGGUAUGGAGAAGAGGAAGAAGAAGGUGAGGAUAAGAGGUAUGGAGAGGAGAGAGAAGAUGUGGAUAAGGGGUAUGGAGAAGAGGGAGAAGAAGGUGAGGAUGAGAGGUAUGGAGAAGAGAGAGAAGAUGAGGAUGCAUCUAUAG